UUCGGAGGAGAAUGAGCAGCUGUGAUCAGAAAUAUAAAUGUGUGUGCAGUGUGUGAUAUUAUAGUGUAUUAUCUGUUUGAACACACACACACACACACACACACACACACACACACACACACACACACACACACACACUCACCAUGAUCCAGCUGCUGUGGUUCAUGCUGCUGCUGUGUGUCGCUGCUCCUCUGGGUGCUGCUCCCACCAGAAGCUCCUACCUGCCGGAGACAGGCCGGUUCUGGCACAUCACCGACCUCCACCUGGACCCCUCCUACCACCUGGCCCAGGAUCCCACCAAGGUGUGCUUCUCUUCCAAAGGAGAAGCCGCCACGCACGCCGGCAUUUAUGGAGACUUCCUGUGUGACUCACCGUACAGCCUCAUCCAAUCAGCCUUCACACACAUGGCAGAGCUCACACAGCCGCAGGACUUCAUCAUAUGGACCGGUGACAGUCCACCACACGUCCCUAUGGAUGAGCUCUCUACAGAAACAGUGAUCCAGGUGAUCAGUAAUAUGACUCAGAGCAUCAGACAUCACUUUCCAAACAUGACUGUCUAUCCGGCUCUGGGAAACCAUGACUACUGGCCGCAGGACCAGAUGAUGACCUCCACUAACGCCAUCUACAAGGCUGCUGCUCAGCUUUGGGAACCGUGGCUGCAGCCUGAAGCGCUGCUCACACUCUCACAAGGCGGUUUCUACUCCCAGCUGGUAAAACCUGGUUUGCGGGUGGUUAGUCUCAACACCAUCCUCUACUACGGUCCUAAUAAAGUCACAGUUAACAUGACGGACCCUGCUGGGCAGUAUGAAUGGCUGGAGAAAACUCUGGAGAUGGCUGCUCAGAGCCUGGAGAAGGUGUACAUCAUAGCCCAUGUACCAAUAGGUUACCUUCCCUAUGCCAGAAACACCACAGCUAUCAGAGAGAUCCACAACGAGAAACUGGUCGCCAUCUUCAGGAAGUACAGUGAUGUCGUAGCUGGACAUUUCUACGGUCACACCCAUCGAGACAGCAUCAUGGUGCUGCUGGACCAGAGCGGUAAACCAGUGAAUUCUCUUUUCGUAUCACCGGCCGUUACACCAAUCAAACAUGUUUCGGAGCCUUAUUCUAACAACCCAGCUUUCCGGAUGUACUUGUACAGCACCAAGGACUACGCUAUGUUGGAUAUCUGGCAGUACUAUUUGAAUCUGACGGAAGCCAACGAGAAACAAAGAUCUGAUUGGAGGCUGGAAUAUAUCUUGACUAAGGCUUUUGGACUGACUGACCUCCAGCCACAAAGCCUCCUCCAGCUGGGCCUGAGCCUCCGCCUGCCGCAGACCAAAGCCUUCGACAAGUAUUUCACUCACUUCAUGGUCAACUACAACAACAGCAUCACCUGUGAAGGAUACUGUAAGGUCACUCAGGUGUGCUCUGUGCUCUACCUGGACCAAAGCUCCUACUCCAAAUGUGUUGCAAAGGGAGAAUGAUCAUGAAUAUGGACCAAAAAGGAAGGAUCUUUCUUUUCUUUCUCAGCACCAGUUUUUAUUAUUCUUACAAGUGAUUUAUUUGAUUGAUGAUUCUGCUGCUCCCAAAUAUGAACUAUUUUACUUAUACUCUUCUUUUCAAGGUUUUGCUUUCUGGUAUCAAAUUGCACAAGUAAAAAAAGACCAAUAGUGCAGAGGAAAUACGCAAUAAGAUUUGAAUUAUAUUGAGCUCAACCAUAAAAGUCUGUGUUCAAAUUUGAGGGAAAAUAAGAGCAUGAAUGCUUUUUAAUGAGUUACCUUUAAAAAUAUAUAUUUUGUUACUUGAAUGAAGGGAACAUAAAAAGGGAAAUAUCAUCUUUUCUGGCAGCUUUUUCUAAGAUUUUUGGUAUAUUUUACUAAUUCAGAUCCAAUUCAAACUGCAAACAGCACAAUUAUAAAGUAAAAUAAUAGUUUAAAUAUAAGAAAAAUACAUGAUUUCUCUAAAAUACCAUUGCUAUCUUAAUGGUAUUGAGUUGCAACCCUGCAGGUCUAAUUUCUGUUCCCUUUUAUAAGGUAAAUUGACUAUAACUUUUAGCAGGAUAAACCUUAUUACUACUUCAUUAAACAGAGUCUGGUGCACUCUUUAAAUUGAAAUCGGCUCAACAGAACGAGGUGAAGCUCUUCAACCCAUCACACCUCUUUAUUCCCCCGUAUCCCCUGUCGCACUAAUGGAUUACACUUAAUCUCAGGGAUGAUCUAAUGGCUGCCAAAUGUUGACCGUUACUUGAACUGAUGCUGUUGAUUAAGUACGAAACACUUCUUGGUAUAUAAAGUUGCUCUGGAUAACAGCAUCCAACUCAUAUUGAAGUACAUUUAAAUGCAAUUUACUCACAUUAUACACCAAGAGUUCAUCACUUAAUAUAAAAGUAAGAAGAGAAAAUGUGUGAAUUGUACCAGAAAUGCAUCUAAACUGUGUAAAAUGUGAAUUAAUGAUAACUUUUGGCAAUAAUCUGUUACAAAUGAAAUUGAAAUUGCCUUACAUGUGAAUGCUGUUGAAUUGUAUUGAAUGACAUAGACAUGGUUAUUAUCAUAUAUUAAAAAUCAGAGAGUACUGCUGUUAAUUUUGCUGUGUAUUUUUCCAUAAAUAAAGAUGUUUAUGCAAAGA